AUAUAUCAAUACAAAAGCGCUAGAACAUCAAAGUCUGAGGACGACGGAGGCGCGCUGAUCUAGGGUUUUGGGGUUAAGUUUUCAUAUCCCCAAUCACCAUGACUUUCAAGCGCAGGAAUGGUGGACGCAACAAGCACGGCCGUGGCCACGUCAAGUUCAUCCGCUGCUCCAACUGCGGCAAAUGCUGCCCUAAAGACAAAGCUAUUAAGAGAUUUCUGGUGAGGAACAUCGUUGAGCAAGCUGCUGUUAGAGAUGUCCAAGAAGCUUGUGUUUUCGAUGGAUACACACUUCCAAAGCUGUACGUGAAGAUGCAUUACUGUGUUUCAUGCGCAAUCCAUGCUCAUGUUGUAAGGGUUCGAUCUCGUACUAACCGGAGGAAGCGUGAACCCCCACAACGCUUUAGACGCCGGGAGGAUCAACAAAGGCCAGGUGCACCUGGUCAAGGACCGCGCCCUGCUGGUGCACCAGUUGCUGCUCGAUCUUGAGGAUCAUUACAGCAUGCUUCACUCUAUCUUGAUACUUUCAGUAUCAACUGCUGCUCAUGUUUUUGCAUAUUACCUAUAAAUGUAUUUUUGACCUUGAUUGCGACUCCUAUUUGAGUAUUAUGUGGGUUAGAUUCCGUUACAUGUGCGGAAAAACCGAGUUAUGACAGCUGAUGCAGAACUUUGAACUUUUUUAAGUGCAUAUUAAGUAAAAUAUUUUCUGAA